UAGUUCGGGCCUCUUCAAAAUAUCCGAGAUUUAUUAGCGUCUUUAAAACUCCACAGCCCCCUUUGCUUCCUUCUGCACCGUAGCCGCCGUCGCGGUGCGUACCACCCCCCCCCCGCGCGAAAGUGUCUGGCGUUUGCCUGUGUUUGCUUCGUCCUUUCGCUCUCGCCCGAAAGCGGGCUCUCUCUCCCGUUGUGAGACGCGGGCUUUUCCCUUAUUUCCUCCGAGGGCUGGGGGAAAAACCACCGAGCAUUUUAUUGAUUUCGAAAGUUACUGAGUGCCAGCCACAACCUCGGGCGGGGGGGAGGGAAGCAGCGUUGUCCCACACCCCGUGAUUGGCGCGGGGGGAAAGUCUUUUAACCCUCGGGCAUGAAUUGGGUUAAGAUUCGGCCGAGAAAGGGGGGAAAAAGUUGUGGGUUCUAGGCGGAGGGGGGUGGGUGAUGAAGUGCCUAGAAGAGGAGGAAGAGGAAGAGGAUUCCGCCCGACUGGUGCCGCUCGCUACUGGUGGCUGAGCAGGCCAGCCAGGCUGGAGAAGUAGGAGGGUAGCUGGAGCCAGCCUCUCUUGCUGCUGGGAGAGAGGAAGAGGCGAGGUUUCGCGCUGGUUGGGGUGGAUUGUUUUUUUUUUCCUGUCUGUGCUCAGCAAUGCAGAGAAUCAGGAAGUCACCGCAGCCAAGUAGGACUCAUACAGACAUGUUUGAUCGUGGUGACACGAUGACGGGGGAGAGAUAGGCCCCGAUCUGCCAUGAAAGCUCGCGAUCGGCGCAUCUGGCAUCUCACCCACGGCGGGCGUGCCUAGAUCUUCUCCGGGUGUCACACCAGAAAGCUCAAUCACUGAUUCCAAGAGAGACAGAGUAGAUGUCUACACCAACUGAUCCUACUACAAUGCCUCAUCCAGGCCCUUCACCAGGGCCAGGGCCAUCUCCAGGACCGAUCCUAGGUCCCAGCCCAGGACCUGGGCCAUCACCAAGCUCAGUACAUAGCAUGAUGGGACCAAGUCCUGGACCUCCAAGUGUACCACAUUCAAUGCCAUCUAUGGGACCGGGCGAUUAUUCACAGGAAGGCAUGCACCAAAUGCACAAACCUAUUGAUGGUCUGCAUGAAAAAGGGAUAGUUGAAGACCUACACAACAGUUCCAUGAAGGCUGCAAACAUGCGACCACCUCUUCCUGGCAUGGGACCACCUCAGAGUCCAAUGGAUCAACACAGUCAAGGCUAUAUGUCUCCGCAUCCGUCUCCCCUGGGAGCACCUGAGCAUGUGUCUAGCCCAAUGUCCGGAGGAGGUCCAACUCCACCCCAAAUGCAACCGAGUCAGCCAGGACCCAUGAUGCCUGGAGACCCACAAGUGAUGAGCCAACCCAGUAGAGGCCCUUCACCUUUCAGUCCUGUCCAGUUGCAUCAGCUCCGAGCUCAGAUUUUAGCAUACAAAAUGCUGGCUAGAGGACAGCAAAUCCCUGAAAACAUUCAGCUUGCUGUACAAGGAAAAAGGUCACUGCCUGGGAUUCAGCAGCAACAGGCUCUUUACAAAUCAUCUGGAGUGGUUCCCAUGCCUGGACACGGAGUUGCUUCAGGAAUGCCAGGACAUACAGCUGCCAUGGCUCCAAAAACUUGGCCAGAAGGGCAAGGAGUGGAUAUGAAUGUCUCAAGUACACCCCAAAAGUUGGCUGUUCCUCCUCCAAGUGGAAGACCAUCACCUGCCCCUGCUGCUACCCAGCCCACAGCUGUAAUGCCAGGUCCUUCUGUACCACAGCCUGCAGCUGGUCAGCCUUCGCCUAUUGUUCAGCUGCAGCAAAAACAGAACCGUAUCAGCCCCAUCCAAAAGCCUCAGGGGCUGGAUCCUGUUGAAAUUCUUCAGGAACGGGAAUAUAGGCUUCAGGCUCGAAUUGCACACAGAAUUCAAGAAUUAGAAAAUUUGCCUGGUUCUUUACCUCCAGAUCUGAGGACUAAAGCCACAGUGGAGUUGAAAGCACUUAGGCUACUAAAUUUCCAGCGCCAGCUGCGACAAGAAGUAGUGGCAUGUAUGCGUCGGGACACAACUUUGGAGACUGCUCUGAACUCUAAGGCAUACAAACGCAGCAAGCGGCAGACCCUGAGGGAAGCCCGAAUGACCGAGAAACUUGAGAAACAACAGAAAAUAGAGCAGGAGAGAAAACGUAGACAGAAGCACCAGGAAUAUCUCAAUAGCAUUUUACAGCAUGCUAAAGAUUUUAAAGAAUACCAUCGGUCAGUGGCUGGAAAAAUUCAGAAACUUUCCAAAGCUGUGGCUACCUGGCAUGCCAACACAGAACGGGAACAGAAGAAAGAAACAGAGAGGAUUGAGAAAGAACGAAUGAGAAGGCUGAUGGCUGAAGAUGAAGAAGGCUACCGCAAACUCAUUGAUCAGAAAAAAGACAGACGUCUAGCCUAUCUGCUGCAGCAAACUGAUGAAUAUGUGGCCAAUCUGACAAAUUUGGUGUGGGAACACAAGCAAGCACAAGCUGCCAAAGAAAAAAAGAAGAGGAGAAGAAGAAAGAAGAAGGUAGAAGACAACACGGAAGGAAUAGGAUCUGGACUUGGUCCUGAUGGUGAACUCAUAGAUGAGAGCAGUCAGAUGAGUGAUCUCCCGGUCAAGGUAACUCAUACAGAAACAGGCAAAGUCCUUCUUGGACCAGAAGCUCCGAAAGCAAGUCAAUUGGAUGCUUGGUUAGAAAUGAACCCAGGCUAUGAAGUUGCUCCCAGGUCAGACAGUGAAGAUGAAAGUGGCUCAGAAUAUGAAGAAGACGAAGAUGAAGAUGAAUCAAGUAGACAAGAAAUAGAUGAAAAGAUACAUCUGGAUCCCAACACUGAAGAUGUUUCAGAAAAAGACGCUAAACAAAUCAUUGAGACAGCAAAACAAGAUGUGGAUGACGAGUACAGUAUGCAGUACAGUGAAAGGGGAUCUCAGUCUUACUAUACAGUGGCUCACGCAAUUGCUGAGAGAGUGGAUAAGCAGUCCUCACUCCUUAUCAACGGCACCCUGAAACAUUACCAGGUCCAGGGCUUGGAAUGGAUGGUUUCCUUGUAUAAUAACAAUUUGAAUGGAAUUUUAGCUGACGAAAUGGGGCUAGGGAAGACCAUACAGACGAUAGCGCUCAUCACUUACCUGAUGGAUCACAAAAGGCUUAAUGGACCCUAUCUCAUCAUUGUUCCCCUCUCGACUUUAUCCAACUGGACAUACGAAUUUGACAAAUGGGCCCCUUCUGUGGUGAAAAUUUCUUACAAGGGUACACCUGCUAUGCGCCGAUCACUUGUACCUCAGCUACGUAGUGGGAAAUUUAACGUUCUUUUGACUACAUAUGAAUACAUCAUAAAGGACAAACACAUUCUUGCUAAGAUUCGGUGGAAAUACAUGAUUGUAGAUGAAGGUCAUCGAAUGAAGAACCAUCACUGUAAGCUGACUCAGGUGCUAAAUACUCAUUAUGUGGCACCAAGAAGGAUUCUCUUGACUGGAACACCAUUACAGAACAAAUUACCUGAACUUUGGGCUCUCCUUAAUUUUCUCCUCCCAACAAUUUUCAAGAGUUGCAGCACUUUUGAACAAUGGUUCAAUGCUCCUUUUGCCAUGACUGGAGAAAGGGUGGAUUUAAAUGAGGAGGAAACUAUUCUGAUUAUUCGGCGUCUCCAUAAAGUGCUAAGACCUUUCUUGUUAAGAAGGUUGAAGAAAGAGGUUGAAUCUCAGUUACCAGAAAAGGUUGAAUACGUGAUAAAGUGUGAUAUGUCGGCCUUGCAGAAGAUUCUGUAUCGCCACAUGCAAGCAAAGGGAAUCCUUCUUACUGAUGGCUCAGAGAAAGACAAGAAGGGAAAAGGUGGAGCCAAAACACUCAUGAAUACCAUCAUGCAGCUGAGAAAAAUAUGCAAUCACCCAUAUAUGUUCCAACAUAUUGAGGAAUCCUUUGCUGAGCAUUUGGGUUAUUCCAGUGGUGUUAUCAAUGGAGCUGAGCUUUAUCGGGCUUCUGGGAAGUUUGAACUUCUUGAUCGAAUUCUACCAAAGUUGCGAGCCACUAAUCAUCGUGUGCUUCUUUUCUGUCAAAUGACAUCCCUUAUGACUAUUAUGGAAGAUUACUUUGCCUUUCGAAACUUUGCUUACUUGCGGCUUGAUGGAACAACAAAGUCGGAAGAUCGAGCAACUCUGCUGAAGAAAUUCAAUGAGCCCAAUUCCCAAUACUUUAUUUUUCUGCUGAGCACAAGAGCAGGAGGUCUGGGUUUGAACCUUCAGGCAGCUGAUACUGUGAUAAUUUUUGACAGUGAUUGGAAUCCUCACCAGGACUUGCAGGCGCAAGACAGAGCUCAUCGAAUCGGGCAGCAGAACGAAGUUCGAGUCUUACGAUUGUGCACAGUGAACAGUGUCGAGGAGAAGAUCUUGGCAGCUGCCAAGUAUAAACUGAAUGUGGAUCAGAAGGUUAUUCAGGCUGGCAUGUUUGAUCAAAAAUCUUCAAGCCAUGAACGAAGAGCUUUUCUCCAAGCCAUAUUGGAACAUGAAGAAGAAAAUGAGGAAGAAGAUGAAGUUCCUGAUGAUGAGACUCUGAAUCAGAUGAUUGCACGACGUGAAGAGGAAUUUGAUCUUUUCAUGCGAAUGGACCUGGAUAGGCGCAGGGAGGAUGCUCGAAACCCAAAACGCAAACCACGCUUGAUGGAGGAAGACGAUUUGCCAUCUUGGAUCAUCAAAGACGAUGCUGAAGUGGAAAGACUCACGUGUGAAGAGGAGGAAGAAAAAAUAUUUGGGAGAGGGUCCCGUCAGCGUCGGGAUGUGGACUACAGUGAUGCUUUGACAGAGAAACAGUGGUUAAGGGCAAUUGAAGACGGCAACUUGGAAGAAAUGGAAGAGGAGGUUCGGCUUAAAAAGCGUAAAAGGAGAAGAAAUGUGGACAAGGAUUCGGGCAAAGAAGAUGUCGAGAAGGCGAAAAAGAGGAGAGGAAGGCCUCCAGCUGAAAAAUUGUCACCCAAUCCACCUAAGCUGACAAAGCAAAUGAAUGCCAUAAUUGAUACUGUGAUCAACUAUAAGGACAGUUCAGGACGGCAGUUAAGUGAAGUCUUCAUUCAGCUGCCUUCUCGAAAAGAAUACCCAGAAUAUUAUGAGUUAAUUAGAAAACCAGUGGACUUCAAAAAAAUCAAGGAAAGAAUUCGUAAUCAUAAAUAUCGGAGUCUCAGUGACUUGGAGAAGGAUGUCAUGUUGUUGUGUCACAAUGCCCAGACCUUCAACUUAGAAGGAUCACAGAUCUAUGAGGACUCCAUUGUUCUUCAGUCAGUCUUCAAAAGUGCACGGCAGAAGCUUGCCAAAGAAGAUGAAAGUGAGGACGACAGUAACGAGGAAGAUGAUGAUGAGGAAGACGAGUCAGAAUCUGAAUCAAAAUCUGUGAAAGUGAAAAUUAAGCUAAACAAGAAAGAGGACAAAAACCGAGAUAAAGGGAAAGGCAAGAAACGCCAGGUUCGAGUCAAAGCCAAACCGGUUGUGAGUGAUGAUGAUACUGAUGAGGAUCAAGAUGAAAAUGACCAGUCAGAAGUAAGUGGAAGUGACGACGAGUGAUCCACACAGUUAAAUAUUCAUAAAGACAAAAUUUCUUCUCUCGGUUUACACCCAGUGAAUUCACUUGGUCAGAUAGGCAUCGGGGUGCUUCUGUAUUUAUAUCAUCUAUAAAUUAACUUUAGGGUUAGUACCAGACAAACAUAUUUCGUGGUGUAAAAAAAUGUAACAUACUGUGACCAAAAAGGCCUCAAAGGAAAAACAAACAAAAAAAAAAACCCUUUUGAUGGGAAAAACAUGGGUGGAUAGUAUAUUUCUAUGGGUUGGAUUUAGCUAACUAAAUGAUUUGACAAUUCCUGGGUUCGAUAUUUGAUUAGAUGCUCUCAACCAGCAUCAAGAACGUUUUAAAAGAAAGUCUUUUGUAGCAUUGCUAACCAGGAGCCAUUAAAAGCAACUGGUAAUUUUAUUUUUCAUCAGGCAAUUUUCCAAGUUUUAUUAGUUUAUCUGUUUUACAUUGUAUCUGUUUUACAUUGUGCUACAUAAUAUGCAGUUUUGUUUUAUAGCUUCUAAAUGUACAGUAGCUAGUCUCUGGCCCACCCUCUACCAUUUGUUGUUUCAGUUUAUGCUCCAUGAUCUGUUGAAAAAGAAAUGCUUUUUGAACUGUAUACAUGAAAUUUAUGUCUACUGUAAACUUUACUUUUCCCCCCUCCUCUUCUUUUCCCCCCCCCCUUGAUUAUAAAAAGUUGGAUUUAAAAUGCUGUUAAAUAUUGCAAUUAUAGUAUAAUGAAUGGCUUUUUUCAUCAGAUUCUUUUAUGCUACCAUUUAUGGUUUGUUACCUUUCCUCAAAGUGUACUUAAUCUUUGCUUUCUUUGCACAAUGUCUUUGGUUGCAAUUCAUAAGCCUGAGGCAAAUAAAAUUCCAGUAAUUUUGAA